AUGCUCAGUGUUACGGGGGGGACGUUGGUUAAAGGAGACUGGUCUCCAUGCAUCACCGUCCGCCGCGUUAUUUGCACCCUGCAAUCCGGCGAUCGAGUGUUUUUCGGUGUUCUCGCUGAGAAUCAAGAGUCUCAGCUAUGGAGUUGGCCUGAAUCGGACCUGCUCCUCUGGGUCUUCGAUGAUGGGCAGUGCGUUAGAGUGUGGCAAGAAUGUGCUCAGCGUCCGCACAUAGUUGAAGGCCAGAGCAGCCACGUGCUUGAGUCAAUUGCGGGGCACCACGAAGCCACAAACGGCACGGUCCUCUAUGGGGUCAAGUGGGCCGGAUACGAGUGUCCGACCUGGGAGCUCGAAAGUGAUCUCUGGAUGCAUGGCUAUCUCCUUGCGGCGUACCACGAUACCAUCCAGAACACGGCCCCGGCCGAGGCGUUUGUUGCCGUCGAAACAUGA